AUGAGAUUGACUGAUGUGUCGUCUUCAUCUCUGCAGGGCCUAUUGUCCAGCCUCGUAAAAGUGACCAGCUUAACCCUGGCCAGGAACUGCUUCCAGUCCUACCCUGUUGGGGGCCCAUCACAAUUCUCCACCAUCUAUUCACUUAAUAUGGAACAUAAUCGUAUUAAUAAAAUACCUUUCGGAAUAUUUUCAAGAGCGAAAGUAUUAAGCAAGCUUAACAUGAAGGUACGAUUUCAUAUUUUUGUUGUUUGUGUCUUUUUUUCUUUACCACUAUUUUCCUAUUCAUUUUUCACAUUUACCAUGAUCCUCUCUGGCCUACCCAUUGCUUAAUUUCCCCCCUUACUCCUCUUCCCGGACCUGCCUGUUUUAAAUUUUUGCCACAAUGACCCCUCCCAUUGCAUCUCUACCCCUCCCCACAAGACCUGUCUAUUGCUUUUCUUUCCCCUCCAUUUCCAGCCUACUCUCUCUUUAUUUUCCUUGUUUUUCACAAUCCCUUGCAUGGCACUGUUGAAUUUUUUUCCCCUCCAUUUACCCCCAACCCCACUGGCUUUACAGCACCUUAUAUCACUCUUCCUUUUAGUUCUGGCAGCUAUUUUGAUGUUGAAAUUCCCCUAAUGUUAUGUGGGAUUGAAGCAAUAUUCACAUCUAGUGGCUGGAAAAUUAUUAACAAUUAUCACUGGAAUUUCUCUCGUUUGAAUGCUCAAUUAACUCUGAUGUGUUAGAAGUAAUGUCUGGUGUCAUUAUAAAGAUAUGUCUUAUUACAAUUCAUCUUUUAUCAUAACAGGACAAUCAGCUGACCUCUCUGCCUCUGGAUUUUGGGACAUGGACAAGUAUGGUAGAGCUAAACCUGGCCACCAAUCAGUUAACCAAAAUCCCUGAGGAUGUGUCUGGAUUAGUAUCAAUAGAGGUACGGAUUGCUCUCUGGUACACCAUGCCUUCCAGGUGUCCUGGUUCAGAACCCAUGGGGCACUGAAGAAUAAUACAUUCUACACAUGUUGCAUAAUGUGAAAAUACGAUUAAUAAGAGGUUGACCUUCUGAGAAGUCUUUUUGACAAUCACUGGUCUGAAUUAUCACUUUCCUUAGUAUCUGAAUUGUUUGUGAGUUGUAAAAAUAGCAUUGUUUUGUUCUCGUCAGGUUCUCAUUCUGUCAAACAAUCUCUUGAAGAAGCUUCCCCACGGGAUUGGGAAUUUACGCAAGUUAAGAGAGCUGGAUCUAGAGGAGAACAAGUUGGAGUCUCUGCCAAAUGAAAUUGCCUAUCUGAAAGACUUGCAGGUAAUCAUGCUUACCCUUAUAUACUUGUGUAAAAGUAGAGUGCAGUUUUGUGACCAACAAUUGUGAAAUCUGCUAUGCCUCGUGGAUAAGUAGAGGGUAAAACUUGGGGCUAUGAAAUUCUGUGAUUUUUAUAAUUAUAUACACACUCUGCAUUAUAUAUACACACUCUGCAUUAUACACACACACACUCAUACAAACACACACUCAUACAAACACACACUCAUACAAACACACACUCUGUGUGUCUAUAAUGCAGUGUGUUUAUAUAUAUAAACAUUUUAUUUUUUUUUAAAGAAAAAAUUUUUUAAUUUUUUUUUUUGGCCCCCCUCCCUGCUUGUUAACUGGUCAAGGAGGGGGCUAUCUUAAUCUCUGGUGGUCCAGUGGCCUGGAUUGUGCAGGAGGGGGACUGGGAACAAGCUGUUACAUACCUUUUAUAGCAGCUCCGGUCAGCUCCCAUCACCUCCGUGCAGCUCCCCUGUCAGCUCCCAGUGUAAAUCGUGCGGAGUGUUGCCACGGUAACCUGUGGCAACCCUCUGACGGCUGUGGGUCUCGCAAGACUUACACUGGGAGCUGCACAGAGGUGAAGGGAGCUGACCGGAGCUGCUAUAAAGGUAUGUAACAGCUUACUGCCAGCCCUCAACAGUAAUGAGCCGGUGGUCCUGGUUUGUAUUAUGGCAAUGUAAGUUGCCAUAAUACAGACCUUGACUCGAGUAUAAGUUGAGUGGGGCCUUUUCAGCACAAAAAAAUGUGCUGAAAAACUCGACUUAUACUCGAGUAUAUACGGUAGUCCACAAGACUGUUUCUUCAAAUUAGCUCUGCCAUCUGACCAGUACUAGCUUGUAAAGGCUUUAUAUGUAUUUUAUUGAUAUGUACCUCAGUGAACUUCACAUUUCAGUGUCUCGGAUCAUGAGUUUAAUAUCCAUGAUUACAUUUUCUGUUUUUUUUUUUAAUUUAUUUUUUUCCUAAAUAGACACAGAAAAAAAUGACAUCAAAUUAAACUAUUAUUAAAUAUACUACUAAUGUCCUGAAAAAGUACUAAUUUUUUUUUUUUUUUAAAACAUUAACAAAGUAUUGACACGUGAUUUGUUGAUUAAAGUAAAUAUCCAUGUAAUUAUUAUGGGGGGUGACAGAUGCACUUCAGAAGUUGACAGUUAAUCUACUACCCGUUUUUUUGUUAAGGUAACACUAUAGCGUGUCACUGCCCCCCUCCUCCCCGCUGCAGCAAUGAAAGGGUUAAAAAAAACCUCUUUUUACUUACCUUAUUCCAGCGUUGGCUCUGUUUCAGCUUCUGCUGACGGGGAAUCUAAUGAGCGAGCGCCGAGUGUGCAUUAGGCCAUUCCCAUAGGAAAGCAUUGAAUCAUUGCUUUUCUAUGGAGUUUUUGAAGACGCUAACAUUCUCAUACAAAGUGUGAGGACGCCCAGCAUUGUUUCACAGAGUAAAACUCUGAAAAACAGCUGGAGUAGACCGCCAAUAAUAGCAGUCUUAACACUGCUUUGUUUUACAUUGCAAGGCUAAGGGAAUAGGAACACUGCACAGAGACCACUUCAAUGACCUGUCCCUUUCAGCAAUGUGAUGAGCACUUGGAGCCAAAUGUAUUAUAUCUUAAGUCACUCAUAACAUGACAGAGAAACUGUGUUUCUUUCUUAACAAGCCAUUUUAUUUUUAUUAACAGAAACUUGUCCUUACAAAUAACCAGCUGACGACCUUACCAAGAGGAAUCGGCCAUCUCACAAAUCUAACACACCUUGGCCUUGGUGAAAACCUUCUCAGUCACCUACCAGAGGAGAUAGGUGAGUCCCUUAUAGCCACACUCCUGGAAAUUAAAUCUUGUCAGGGCAUGAUUACAUGGUGCUUGGAGUUUUGUCAGGGCAUGAUUACAUGGUGCUUGGAGUUAGCUGUGUCAUGAACUCUCCAUCACACUUUCCUUGAUUUUCAAGCAUGAGCGUUAAAGGGAUUCUCCAAUGCCUAAAUACAAAAUAAAAAUCACUAUUUAGUAGAUAUACCCCAGAUGAAAACUUGCAUGCCUUUAGUAAUUUUUUCAUUGGGGUAGAUCUAAAAACCAUUAGCAAAACCUGCAGUUCUCUUGUCUGCUGCUUUUGCAAGCCCUCCCCUUCUAACCCUGCCCAGAGUUUCUGUGGCUGUCCAAUCACAGACUUCCCAAUGCAGCUCAAUGAGAAGUCUUUGCAAGGCAGGUGCUCUGGGCGAUUGCUGCCUCUUGAGUUUAGUUCCACUGAGCUAACCAAACCAGGAAGUAACACGACUUGUCUGCUUGAAAGCCAAGGUGGUAUAACCAGGUUAAUAUAUAAAAGUGUAAAUUUCUAUUAAAAUCUGCACUUGUUGCAAAAUGAAAAAAGACACACGAUUCACACAAAGCUUUUCAGCAAGACAGUGCUUUAGGUGCUAAAGUGUUUGCGUGUCCCCUUAAGAGCAUUAGACUAUGUAGAUAGCUCAUUCUCUUUGCAUAAGUUAUAGUGCGAUGAGGUCCCAUCUUCUGUCUUCUAGUUGCAUACAAUUACAGUAGCUUGUUAAACUCAUUACAAACUUAAGCAAACCCCCUCACUUAAAUACGCUUCUGGCUGUUUAGGGUCGUGAGCCUGUGCAGAUUCCCACCUCUCCGAGCAGGCUCCUUCACAGGCUUUUGUAAAGGAUCCUGUGCUGGUCCUUUUUACACACUUGCUUCUGUCUUUAGCUCCAUUGAUGAAGCCAUGAAUGGAGCUUUUUUUUGUAAGCCGAUAUCCACCAUGGUGCAGCCUUUUUGCUUAGGCUGCACUUACGUUGGCAUAAAAUACACAAGAUGGCUAUCAAUGUCUUUGUGAGUCUUUUUUAUUUUAUUUUUUUAUGCAUAACUUGGAUAACGCUUUUAAAAAUUGUGGAAUAAAUACAGUCUGGAAUAUCUUUUAAAUGUAGCAUUCAUCCUGAGCAGAAUACAUUUUCUAGUAUAAAGCCUGCAAUUUUGCUAAUUGGAAAACUACAGAUGGUCCACUUGGCUUUCACCUGCCUAAUCAUCUGGUUUUAUAUAAUGACUCUUUUUAAAAGAUUGUUAUAGUAAGGGGCCACCUAGUGGUAGUAUAUGAGACCUCCAUAGCGAUCUCUCUUAGUUGCUGUGAAUUAAAUUGUGUAACUUUUUCUGUGCUAUAUUCUGUGUGUAUUGCAUUGUAAUAAAUCUUGACUUUAAAUCGUCUAUCUUACAGGUACACUGGAGAAUUUAGAGGAGCUCUAUCUGAAUGAUAACCCCAACCUGCAUGGCUUGCCGUUCGAGCUGGCUUUAUGCAGCAAACUGUCAAUAAUGAGUAUUGAGAACUGCCCGCUCAGCCACCUACCGCCACAGAUUGUUGCUGGAGGCCCUUCUUUUAUCAUUCAGUUUCUGAAGAUGCAAGGGCCUUAUCGUGCCAUGGUUUAAUGCAAGUUAAAUGUCCCACACACUGUACAAUACUGCAUUCAUGUUGUGUUAAUAUAUAUCUAUAUCUGGCCAAGGAUGGAGGUAUAGAUAUAUAAAUCUAUAUAUAUGUAUAUGUAUUGAAAGGCAAAUUUAUUAAGACUGCAUUAUGUGUUUCUGCUAAUAGAGGAAUCAUAGCCAUUUAGAUUUUUAUUAUUAUUACGUAAAGAAUAAGAAUUGCUUUGUCUGAGCUCUUUCUUUGCUGAAUUUGGUGGGUUUUCUGCCCUUUUUGUUCCUUUUUUUUAUUUUUAUUAAAUCUGAAAUGCCAGCUUACUCCAGAUUGGCUGCCAUUGUUUUUCAGUUGUAAUCACUGUUGACCAGAGCCUGUAGUUCUGGUUCAUUGGCCAUUUUGCAAAAAUAGCAAGACACUUAUUUUUUUUUUUUGUUUACCCAUCUGUACCCACCUCAAAUCACCUUCAUGUAAAUUGCCAACUGCCCACUUGCUGAUGUCGUUAACUUAUUUUCUAGAAUUUUUUGUUUUGAUAAUGUAUCGUUUACAGUCUGCGUUAUGUCACCAUAUCCUUGAAGAUGGUCUGCUCUGGUUUUUAUGCUUCCUGUGGAGAUAUGCCAGUUUUGUCAUUUAUAUUUAAUUGUGAAAUGACUUCUGUUAAUACAACCGAGAUGCAACAAACGUGUGCCCUCCUAGUCUUUCCGCAGCUUAUCUGACUGCUGUGACCAUGGCCUUUUUCUUUCUUUGUAUAUAAUACCUGGCGGUGAUGAGCAUACUAUUCUUAUUCACAUUGCAAACAUUAUCACAUAUCAAAAUGUGCUUAUUGGCUGUGCACUAUUUUUUAAAACAUUUUUAUAGUAAUAUCUAUGUGCAUAUUAUUUGCAUUCCCUUACAGGUGUAAGUGAUUUUGACUGCAGAGUUGUUAAUUACAAAAAUACUUUGCUUUUAUUUCCAUACAGGUAAAUGCUUCACUCAAUAUGUAAAGGUCAUUUACACUGCUUUACAAUACCCUUUUCUUCACACAGUGGUAUAAGGCUAGAUUUUGUUUGCAAUUCAACAUCACUAAGUAACCGCUUUGAAGCACGAAACCUCGCAAGGGCUCUAAACCAGGGUCAAGUGAUCUGCAUGCUUUUUUUUUUUAGAUGAUCAAAGGUUAAAACUGCAUUGUAAUAGACAAGUGUCCGCUGCCUACCUGCUAUUUGGUACCCAGCAGUUUUCAACGAACAAGGCAACUGGGAUGGUCCUUUCAUCUCAACCUAUUAGUUAAAAUUCAUCCUUCACCAUUUCUGACCAGCAAGAUUCUUUAGAGUCUUAAAUAUGGUGCUGUCAAGUCAUGAAAAAUCAGUAUUUCCACUAUUGUGCCAUUUUUUUUUUUUGCUUGUUCCGUUUUUACCUAUUUGUGGUGCCAAGCUAUUUCUUUGUUCUUAUGCGUUCAGUCUCUGUGUGCCAUGUUCAUGCAACAUUUUUAUUGGUCUCCAGUUUUGUUUGGUUUUUUUUUUUGCCAUGAUUUGCAUCUUAUAUGUGCUGCCUUCUAAACCAUAAGACGACCUUGAAUCAACUUUACGAAGAAUGCAACACAACAGCAUCUGUAGAAGCUAUAUUGCAUGGAGUUUUGCGUGGUCUUGGGUGAAUGUGGAUGAAGAGAAUUGUGCUUGGCUUGCCUUUAGAAACAGUGUCCACCUCUCAUUGUGUGCAAUGUCAACAUCACUCUUCACCAGCACUCUAUGGUACAGUUGAAUUUGCUAGGAAUGCACACCUGUUACAGUUUAUAAUAUUAGUAUGAUGGCCUUAUGUCUUUAAAAAGCCAGUAAGUCAGUGAGUGCUGAAACAUGAUUUAUCAAAAGAUUUCUAUUUCCCAUUCAGGGUUUUUAUGCAACGCAGUGGAAAUGAUUCCAGUUCUAGUUAUGCAACAGCAGAAACCUUUUAUUCUCCCAUCACAACAGGAUUAUUAUAGUUGUAAUUUUUAAACUGGCUUCUAAUUUCACCCGACAGAAACCAAAAUGAUCCAGCACGUGAUUUUAAAAUGUAUUUGGUAUCCAGCAGUUCCCAUGUUCCCAAGCAUUGUGCCAAAGCAGAGUCCAGAAUAUUUUCUCAAUCUGCUGCCCCACCUUCAUUCAAACCUGUGUCUGUAAUAAAAUUUUAUAUAUAUAUAUAUAUAUAUAUAUAUAUAUAUAUAUAUAUAUAUAUAUAUAUAUAUAUAUAUAUAUAUAUAUAUAUAUAUAUAUAUAAAUAUAUGUAGAACUGAACUUAGAAGCUUGAGUUUAAAAAAAAAAAAAAAAAAAAGUCUGAGCGGUUUAUUGAAUUAUAGUGAAUUGAAAACAAAAGUGACAAAAAUUAGUCCAAAGUUGGCGAUAUCUAAAAUUUCUCAACUUCUGCUGUUGUCACAACUUUGUUAUUAUGGCCUAAAUGUUGCAAUCUGUUUUCCGUUUACUGCAAUUUUUUGUUUAGUGAGCACAUCAAUGAGUAACAUGGGUACGUUUAAGAAGCAUUAUGCUCAAGACACUUAAAAAGUUAAACAUAGUGUAAUGUCUUCUUGAAUUCAUCCACACUGAAGUUAUAACACAAAAGUUUAGAUGAAAUACUUUUUUCAAGAAUUGUGUAGGAGUUCCUGGUGAAAUAUAUAUAAUUUUGUAUGGUGUUGAAAUUGUGUGUAUAAACGUUUGAAUGAAAUAGUGCUGCCUACA